AUGUCAAAAUAAUAGCAAUAGCAACUCUCAUAUAUAUGCAAAGACACACAAAACCAAAAAAGCCAAGGUCAAAGUAAUAGAAGAGUAAAUAUAAAUGAUCUUAUUAUUAGAUGAAUAACAAUCAAAACAACUUUGAUGAAAAAAAUGUUUAAAAUCAAAAAAAAUAAAAUAAAUACAAUAGAAGAAACAAUUCAUAAGAAAAAUAAUAGAAUAGCCACAAUCACCAAUCUUAACCUGUUAUAGGUACUUAUAAAAAUAAUUUCUUCAGCGAGAGCUCAAAUUAAUCAACCAUAAAAUAAAAUUUAUGAUUCUUAAACAUUAAUUUCAGCAUAUCAUGAAUUACUUUAACCUCCAAAAGAAAUUGAGGAAUUCUUUGAAAAAAUACCACAUCUUUUUACAUUGGUUUCUUAAAAACCUUUAAUUUCAUCUUCAAUAUAAUUCAACCAUAGUGAUGAAGAUGAGCCAAAGUGGAUGCACAAUAAUGAGAAUUUUUAGAUCAUUGAUAUUGAAAAUGAAAUGGAAAAAAAGAGAAUAGAAUAUUAAAAAUAACAUGGAACAUUUGAAAAAAAACAAGAGGAAAAAUCUAAAAAAUAAAAUGAAACUAAUUCAGAAGAAAUAUCAGAACUUUAAUAAGCAAAAGAGAAAUAUAGAUAAUUAAGAGAAUAAGAGGAAAAAUAAUUAUAGGUUGCCAAUGAAACCAAAGCUAAAUUAUAAGAAUUAUUUACCUUUUCUGAAUAAGAAUAACCAAAGCUUGUAAAUUCAAUCAACACAAAAAUACUAUCAGUAGAAGAAGUUGAAAAAUAAGCAUUAAUUUCUACAAGUAAUAAAUAGAAAGAUAUCAUCAAAAUUGAAUAACCAAAAUAAAAUACUUAAUUUUGUUUUAAUGACUUUAAUAACAAUGAAUCUGAUUUAUUUUUUGAAUAAUUAGAAGAAAUGGGAAUUCAUAUUCAAAGGAAACCACAAGUAACUUAAUAGCCUAUAAUUAAAAUUUCAAGGGAGAAAAUUAAAACUGCUCCUUUUUCACUUUAAGCCUAAUUACAUUCUAGAUCUACAAAAGAAUCAUUAUGGUAUUAUAUUGAUAAUUUUGGAAAAGUAAAAAUAUUUUUAAUGUUAAAUUUUAGAUAUAAGGUGGAUUUACAACAGAAAAUAUGGAUUAAUGGUUUGAACAUAAAUAUUUAAAAGCAAAGUUAAAUAUUUCUUGGGAAAUACCAGGGAAAUGGAUUACAUUAGAAUAAUAUUUAAUUAAUUUAGAUCAAAUUGAAAAAAAACUAUUAGAUCCAAAAAGUGCAAUGGAUCCAUUAACACUCAAAACUAAUAUUAAUAAUAUUUAAUUAAAUAAUCUAUAGUAAUUAUAAUAAAUUAAUACUUUUAAUGUGAAUAGUUUUCAAAAUUAAUAAGUUAAUGCUUAUCAAUAUUAAUAGAUAAAUAAUAAUUAAUAUCUGUAGUAUCAAAAUUAAUAAAUGAAUAACUAAUAAAAUAAUGUAAAUAAAAAAAAAAAUAAUAAUAAUUAAAACAAUAAUAAUGGUAAAGUCUAGCAAAAUAAUAGAUAAGAUUAUCAAAAAAAUAAUUAAUCAUUAUAUUGA